AUAAACAUUCACAAAUUCUUUUCCAGAAUUUUUCUUUCAUUGUUUCUGCCCAAAUAGUUUGAUAAAAAUUCAUUUGGUUUGCAUUCAACGUUAAUUAAUGUAUUUAUUCGACGAAAUAAAAUUGAAUUGUUGUGAAGAAUUGUGUUUUAUGAGAAAAAACCAAAUGUGUUAUUACUAACAAAAGAGACAUUAAUGUUACAUCAAUUAAAUUGGCUCAGGUGGUAAGAAUAAAAGAACCAAAAUCCAAAACAAAUAUGGACGAGGACGAAGAGGUGGACAUAGUUGGUGGUUUGGAUAAUUUUAUGUCGAAAAACGAAAGAGAAAUAUCAAAUCUUAGUUCUGGUCAAAUAUUAUCAUGUGAAUAUACAGUUCAUCCGCGUUGGUUAACGGAUAACAACGAUGGUGCGGAGAAUUUAUGGCCGGAAAACUUACCAAAACAAAGUUCACAAGACGAAAUGGAAUUGGUGCAAGAUGAGGUUGUUAUUGAGGAGCCAGCACCAAUUGAUUUCGAUUGGGUGGAAGAACGUGAAACCGAAGAAGCCUCAAAUUGUGGCGAUAUCAUAUUUGAACAAGACAUACCCGCAUCGAUUGAAGAGGAGGUGGUGAUUGGUACCGAAGAAACAGCAUAUGAAGACAAUGACCACUCAGACUGUUGCAGUCAAUCGUCACAAGAGAGUGGUCACGAUAGAGAUUCAACAAAGUACUCAAAUCAAUUACCUGAUACUUAUGUGCCUGAAUCAAGUAAUGCAAAAAGUAUGUCAUUGGAUGGUGCAUCGAAUUUGGACAAACCGACGAAACCGGCUGUGAAAUUCAAACAAACAUUAAUGGUUAGCAAAAAUCUAUUGAUUUUGAAUCGGAAAAAUUUUACCGUUGAUCCAAAGGCAGGCACAUCACUACUCAAAAUUCAAAGAGAUAAAUCAAAUGACAAUGAACAAGUGGCACCGUUGAAAAUUAAACGAUCGGAAUCGAAAUUUAGUGUGGCGGUUAAAAUCGAUUCGCGACAUGUAAAAAGCAAUAAAAAAUCGAAAAGUCCGAAAAAACAUAAGCAUCGAACACAUCACACAGGUAGCAGUACAAAGGCGAAAAAUGGUGGCAAAGAGUCAUUUAGCGGUAAAUCGAAAAAAUUUGUUGAUAUACAUGGUGAAAAUAUCACCAUUAAUCAUGAGGCCGACACCGAAUACACAUCGAAUAUUGACGAUGAAAUACUUCAAUUAAAUUCUAAACCGAACAUUAGCUCGAAUAAGGCAAAAAUCAGGCACGAAUCAGAAUCAGAUGUUGAAAUUGACAUUGAAUCGGACACUCCAAACGAUCUCAUUGAAUCUCAUGAUUCUAGUGCAAUGUUUUCCAUAGUAAAGUCUGAACCAACGGAACCAAUAACUUCCGAAAAAGUGCCGCCACUUAAAAUCAAAGCAAUUAAAAAGAAAGAACCAGAAGAACCAAAACUCAAUUUGAAUGACAUCGAUCCAGAGCUGUUGCGUGUUUUAAAUAAUCCUGAUGGGCCAACGGAAGAGCUGGUAUUACCAUUGCAUCAAGUCAGCGAAUUAGAAAAGUACUUUCAUUCGGAAUUUUUCGAAGGACGUCCAACUAAAACGCCGGAACGUUAUACAAAGAUUCGUGAUUUCAUAUUGAAUGCAUGGGCCGAAACAAAACCAGGCUAUGUGAGUAAAACAACCGUUCGAAAUGGUUUAAAACAUUGCGGUGAUGUGAAUUGUAUCAGUCGCAUUCAUUGUAUGCUCGAACAAAUUGGCGCAAUCAAUUUUGGCUAUGCAAGAGAACAUUUUGAAUAUAUUCGACCAUUGAUUAAAUUAAAGGAACAUUUUAUGCAAAGUGUACAAAAUAAAAAAAGUUUACAUUCAAGUGGUAAUCACGAUAUGAGCUCAUCGCUAAUAUUGGGCAGACGCCAACGAAACAAAAGUAUUACUGUACAUUCAACGGAAAAGGAGAUUGACGCAAAUUAUACGGUCAGCCAUGUGAAUGGUGUGCCGACACUUGUAUACGCAGCUGUACCCAAAGAUCGUGAAAGUUUACGGCGCGAAGCAUCUAAACCAAUUAAAAUGGAAUUUGAGCUUAUCGAAUGUUUACGCUUUCCCAAAGAAAAAGUACCACCAUUCAGGGUUUCAAUGAAUCUAUCGACGUUAUUGUGUUUGUACCUGCAUGCAUUGUCUUCGAAAUUUGAAGUGAUGGGAUUUUUGGGCGGAUUUUGUACAAAAUCGGCUGGUCGAAAUAAACUGAGUCUGACACGGUACAAACCAUGCAAAACCGCACAUCAAACAACAACCACCUGCGAAAUGUGCCCAGUUUCACAAGUUGAACAAGCGGCCAAUAUGACGAAUGAAGGAUAUGAGUUGGUUGGCUGGUUCCAUUCGCAUCCAACGUUCGAGGCAAAUCCAUCACGUACCGAUGUUGGUACACAAGCCGAUAUGCAACUUCAAUUCUCCAUUGAAAGUGAUCGACCGUUUAUUGGAUUCAUUUUGAAUUGCAUCGACAUGGGUUUUAACUGCAUGUACAUUCUGCCCAAAGAUAUACAUAAAGACACCAUUGACAUAAUUCCAUAUGGAUUCGAAGUGGAUAUUAUUAAGGAUUGCAGCUCUCUGCGCAAUGACAUUGCUGAUGUGUUCAAUGUGAUUGAUCGAAACAGUCAUAAUUAUGUGCAAACCAUAGAAAAGUUUAUAAAGACCGGCACGGAGCUACUGAGAUAUCAUGGUUAUGAUUUGAAUAUUUCCGAUUAUUUACAAAGCUAUUUAUGAUAUCGUUUGGAAAUUAUUUUUAUAAUAAUAAGAUUAAGUACAUUCAAGUUAUUAAUUAUUAACUAUAUUAUAUUGUAUAGAAAUUGAGAAUUAAGAGCCACUUUAUUCUAUAUCAAAUACCAAUUUAGCGGUAUUUUUCAUGCCUAGAUUCAUAUUUUUUUACAUAUAAUUCGCAAGAAUGGUUGACGACCCUCUAAUAAA